GAUGUUCUCCGAUAUAGUCUUUUCGACGAUUUCCAAUCCGCUCACAGCACCUCUCUCCAAAAAUCUCGAUCUCAGUCCAACAGAGCGAGCAGCUGAACGUUUUUCGAUCAAGGGAAAUGCCAUUGUUACCGGAGGCGUUGGUGGUAUCGGAAUCGAAGCAUGCCGCGCCCUCCUGGAGCAUGGUUUACAGGGCCUCUCUAUCUUUGAUCUGGCGUCGCGGUACGCCAGUGAAGAGGCGCAAGUGGUCAUCGCCUCGUUCGAGAAAGAUUUUCCGUUGGCCAAAAUAAUCAAGCACAGCGUCGAUGUUACGGAUGAAGAGAACGUCCAAAGCGCGACGGAGGAAACGAUCCAGGCUCUUGGGAGCGUCGACAUUCUACUCUGCUUUGCAGGCAUUGACCACGCUUGCCCGGCAGAAAACAUGGCAUUGGAAAUGUUCCAGAAAACUCUGAACGUGAACGUCACAGGAAGUUUCUUAGCUGCGAAACAUGUGGGCAGGCAGAUGAUCAAGCAAGGGACAGGAGGGAGCAUCGUCUUUACAGCGUCAACCGCUGGUCAUAGGAUAGCCUAUCCUGUUCCGCAGACAGUGUACAAUAUCUCGAAGGGAGGAAUCCUACAGCUCAAAAGCUCCCUUGCAGCGGAGUGGGCACAAUAUGGGAUUCGCGUGAAUAGCAUCAGCCCCGGUGGCAUCGAGACGAAUUUGUCGCGCCAGCCAGCUGUGCAGAGCGCAGUGCAAGCUUGGGUGAAGAGAUGCCCUUUGGGACGAAUGGGUCAGCCAGAUGAAUUGACAGGACCCGUCAUCAUGCUCUGCAGCCCUGCGGGGCGUUAUAUUACUGGAACUGAUAUUCUGGUUGAUGGUGGUGGACUUGUCUACUG